CAGCUCGAAUAGAAAUUGUCGAAAUAAUUUUUCAGCAAUUAACAAUGUUAAACAAUCGGAUUUUUUUGUUGCUCAGUGUAUUUUCUAUGUUUUCAAUGUGCCACAUUGGUGCCCAGAUCGAAGUUGAAAAUAAGCCCGUCACGGAAGCUUGCCUGGAAUGCCUAUGCGAGGCGAUGAGCGGCUGCAACGCAACGAAGAUCUGUGUGAAUGGAGCGUGCGGCAUCUUUCGCAUCACCUGGACCUUCUGGCAGGACGGCGGUUCAUUAAUUGGGCCUGGGGACGGCGAUGCAUUCACAAACUGCGUCAAUGAUCCACACUGUGCGGCAGACACCAUCCAGAACUAUAUGUAUAAGAACGGCGAGGACUGCAACGGAGAUGGGAAAAUCAACUGCAAGGACUAUGGAUCCAUACACAAGCUGGGCAACCUGAAGUGCCGGGACGAGCUGCCAGCCACCUUCGGGACGCUCUUCUUCAAGUGCCUGGCUAGAAAAGAGCAAGAGGAGGCAGAAGCCCAGAAGAAGAACUCGACUUAAAUAACCUUUGUCUUUAUUUGGGUUUGUUUUUCGAAAACAAUUAGUAAUAUACAUUGCUUAUGUUUUUCCA